GAAGUAUAUUAAAAAAUCUUGGGACGCCGUUCAGGGUCCUUUUUGGACCUUGAUCUCUGGAAAACUCCUAAACCGUAAGACUUGGAGACAAAAAAAUUUUUUCAUUCCCGUAACUCAUUGUGCCGAACAUUUAUGGAAAGUUUCGUCAAGAUCGGAUGCACGGUGUGGGAGAUAAUUUCUGAGGAGGGGGGGGCCCUUAAUCAGCCAGGUCAUUUUUUGAAAAUCCAGUUUUUCGAAAGCAUUUUUUUAUAAAGCUAAUGUUAUAUUCGUGACUGUGGAUAACCCCUCCAUAUGAAAAGACAACUUAACUGUUAGCAAAGAGAAAAGUUAAUUGAAGUACAUUUAUACAUUUAUUUCAUGUAUAUGAACAAUCUUUCUUCAUGAAUUAAGUGAUAUAAUGGUUUUAUACUUUAGAUAUGAAUAUACAAGAUAUUAAACACUUAUCGAUUAAAGAGCUCAAUGAAAUACUUGAACAUUCACCUAAAUUAGACGAGUUACCCGAAGAAAUUCAGUCAAAUGAAAUAUAUCGUCUGUACUUAAAUGAAGAUACACAAAGAAACAAAUCCGUUGCCAAAAGUGAUCCGCAUGGAAAUGCCCGAUUAUCGACAUCACACAUUUAUCAACGAACCAAACCGUCGGUUAUUAAACAAAUUCAGAAGUCCGUCAAAAUCUCGACUGCGUCAACGGUGUACAAAGCGUUUAUUGGUGAAGCAAGCAUCGAUUCGCCACGUGAUAUCACACAAGUUAAACAUUAUCGUCAAAAGUUUUUGCAACAAAAACAUAUUACAAAUGAUGAAUUAUUAAAUCUCAUUAUAUUAUCAAAUGGAUUGAAAGAUUACAUCCGAACAUACCAGAUUCAACCACAAUUAAUUUUAGUAUUAAUGCACGCCGUCGGUGAAAAUUUAUUUAGUCAGUUAUUGGAAUUAAGCACAAAACCGGUGCCACUGUACUAUGACACAACUUUUAAUAUUGGCGACUACUACGUUUCUGUCAGUUUGUUUAAAUUGUAUAUAUGCAUCAUGAUUGUAUUUUGUUAAUUUUGUUUUU